GCAGCACGAGCAGCAGAGAAACAGCGUCAACGCCGCCAGGAGCGCUCUGAACGGAACCGCGAUGCCGACCACAGCAAGCCGUCUGCAACAGCAGACCGCGACACCGCAUCGGGGCCCAGCACACGCUGCGGCCUCCUCCAACGUGGCAGCAGCGCUGUGGCCACCGGAAGCGGGCCAGCCCAUGCAGCGUCAGGACACCGGCGGCCAAUUCCAACAGUGCGCCUUCGCGGCCUCCAACGAGAUGGCCGGCACCGCCGCCGCCUGUCCCUACGCGACACAGGUGUGCUGCGCGGGCGUCGGUGCUCAGGGCUUCAGUGCUCAGAGCUUCAGUGCUCAGCCCUACGGCGCGCUGAUCGGUGCUACCGCGGGCCACGGUGGCGGCGCCAUCGUGGUGGGCACGCCGACGCUCUUCCCGGAGCCCGCAACCAUCGGCUCGAACCAGGCGCGCGGCGGACCUACUGCUGACCGGUACCACUCUCAGCCCCUGGUGCAGCAACAGGCUGUACAACAGCAGCAGCAGCAGCAACACGCAGUUGCCCAGCAGCCGCAGCCUUCGCCGCUGGGCGUGAACCUGACCGGAUGGCACCAGAUGAGCGCAUCGUGGGGCGGCCCUUUCGGUCCGGACGUCGACCUUGCCAUGCAGAUGAUGAUUGGCCGAUCGGCACCUCAACAGCAGCACUCGACGACGCCGACAUACACGGCUGCAUCCGGAAACGCACAGCAGUUUCCACGUCCGACGUAGCCGCGCAAGACUCGUGGCGGUUGUCACGCGAGCAGAACCUGGAGCUGCAUCUAGCGACGUAGUACAACUCCGGGAGCUGUUGACGAUCUUUACGUGUGCGAUGCUCCAAGCGCUGCGCCGUGUCUGCACAGCGGCUGCUGCAUACAUGUAGCGAUGUGCUGAAAAUAAAGCCGAGAAAAGGCCUGUUGU